AUGACUGCUCUCCCUACAAUAAGUAUCUCACCCUAUUUGUUGACUACAGGUGAGGAUGAGGGAAGUCCUAGUAUUGCCAUCUCUUAUGAUAGUGAUUCAAUAUCGGAUGGCUAUCAUGAACAAAUUGAAAUUGAUUAUAACUUAAUUAGCACUGUCUCGGGUCAAUUUGACUUGGGAAGUGUUGCUAAAUUGGACUUGAAUUCAAUAGGAAUUAGUAAAAUUAAAAAUUUAGGAAGAUGUAUUAGAUUGGAAUACCUUGAUCUUAGUCAUAAUGAUAUUGAAACUAUGGAAGGAUUGGAAAAUAUUACAAAAUUAAAAAGAUUAAAUCUUUCAAAUAACAAAAUUAAGAAACUUGAAUGUAUUUCCUCUCUCAAACACUUACAGCACCUCAAUCUGGAGAAGAAUAAUAUUGAAAACUUGACAGAUAUACAAGAAUUACAAUACGUUCCAAACUUGAAAUCAAUCAAUCUAAAGGGAAACCCAGUUUGUGAAAAGGAAGGCUUUGAUGAAACAUUAAAGCAAUUAUGUAAAAAGCUUCAGUUUAUCAAUGGAGAACAUAUUGCCCUUAGGUUUUCUUCAAUAAUGUUUGAUGAAAAAGAGGAUAAUUUUGAAGUUCCACCUAUCAAAUCAUGGACAGUAGAUAGUAAUCAAAAGUCAAUAUUCAGUUUUGAUGAUUUUCCUGAUGUAAAAACAUUUGUAAAUGAUACAUUCAAAUUGAAUAGCAAUGAGUUCAAAAAAACAGAAACUGAGUGCAGAAAAGUAAUAGCCAGAGCAGACAGUAUCAUUGAAGAAAUAUCCAAAAAUAUUAGUAACUAG